AAACCUCUGAGAUGACCUUACAGCUUAAAACCAAAGCUCAACUCUUUGACCUGCACUGCUCUGUUGGCCUGACUGACUGGGACAUGGACAAGGAGCUGAAACUGGCUACAACCACUGACCAGUUUUAUCACGAUGACAAAGUGAAUGAUCAGUACGUGGUCCAGAGGCCUUCUGUAAGAUCCUCAAAAAGAAAAGAUGAAUUUAUAUGGUACGAUAAAACAUCAGAUACCUUCGUGAAACCAAACCUGUGGCUGCUUGUGAAUCCCAGCAUCGCCUGCCCGAUCCAGUACAGAGAGAUUAAAGCUGAUGUGCAACCUGUGUGUGAACCUGCUGAGGAAGCCCAGACCCCUCUGCUGGAGACCCGAUGUCCCCUGACAGCAGAGCUUCACGUAUUUUCCUCCCAUGAUGCUCCUCUCCAGGAGGAGCUGCUGCAGUUGGUUUCCUCUGAGUACAUGAUCAAGGAGGAUGUCUCCUGUCAACCAGCGAAGAACAGACGCAAGGGAAGGACCAUAAAGCCCCAGGACAACAAGCCUCUUAAACCAGGAUGCUGGCCUCGUCCGCCAGUGAAUUAUUGCAUCCUCAUUGCAUUGGCCCUCAAGAGCAGCCAUACUGGAAGCCUCAAAGUCCAGCAGAUUUACAAUUUCACCAGAGAGCACUUCCCCUUCUUUCAGACAGCUCCCGAUGGCUGGAAAAAUACCAUCAGGCACAACUUGUGCUUCAACAGCAGUUUUCACAAAACCUGCAACCAGCUGUGCAGAGAUGGCAAGAGGAAGUCAUGUUUUUGGCACCUUACUUUAGAUGGCCAACGGCGACUUAUGGAUGAGAUCCACAUGCUGACAGGAGAAUCCUUAAAGCAGCUGGAGAGGAGCAUGUCUCACCCAGAUAUGAUUCGGAGUUUAUUUCCAGUGUGAUUUGAGUUAUUAAAAAAUGCAUUAGAGUUGCAUAAUAAAACUUCCUCU